GACACACAGACAGCAAAGAGUUAAAAAGAGAAAACGCAGACUAGAAUAAAGUGAGAGACUGUAGCCAGGAAACAUAUCAAAUAAGAACAUAUUUGAAAAAGACACGUAUAGAGAUGAGCAAUUGUAUGAGAAAGUGUAUUUGAGAGAACAGCAUGUUUAUUUGAAAUGAGGAUAGAAAAAGAGAAGACAACUUUAUUCGUAGCAAGUAAUAACCAAUAACCAACACCACUUCCUCAAGAUGGAAUAUUCACACUAGUAAUCUAUCAAUCAGUUAUGCCAGAAGAGAAGAGAAGAGAAAUCAGACUGCUCUCAAGAUACACAGGAAAAAAGGCCGUUGAUCUGCCAAUGCUGACCCAUCCCCCUAAACUCCAAAGGCGGACUUCGAGAGAGCACAGUCUCCUAGGUAUUGGGGAGAGCCUGAUGGGAAGCUUCCAAUCUUUGGUAGAAACUAUAUUACAACAUUGAGCAUUGCACACGACAUUUAGAAUUGAAGAGAAAAGUAAACCACAUUACAUAUAAACAUGAUAUAUCAACUCAGGCGGCAAGUCCAUUAGGCAUUUGAUAUCCACACAGAUGGUAUAAUGGUUCUAAAUUCAAUGACUCUGCCCCCAAG